AAACUAACAAAAUUAUUAUUAGUCUCAAUACUCUCAAUCAAAGGCCUGAAUCCUGAAUAACAUGGAGAAGGAGAACGUAACUCUGGUCUGAAAGGGUUAAGUGCUCUGUAAUUUCAUGGUUGUGAAAUUUAUUUCGCCAAUAUAAUUUAGUACGGUAGCCUGGACUUAUUUUUAAAUCAUAAAAAGCAGUAAUCAAGAUUUUUUAAUUUAUUCACCAAUUUUAAUAGAUUGAGUACCGGUAAAUAAUAAAAAAAAAUAAUUAGCCUAUUAUUGAUGAUGUUGAUAUUUUAAGGUUAGGUCACUGAGAAGAUUUCCUUCUACUUUGUGAUAAGGUUCAGAUUGUUGAUUGGGUUGGGUUCAAUAAUGUUAUCAUAACCUGAAUUUUUUCAUUUUACUAAUAAUGACCAAGUAAAAUGUCAUAUCAGGUAGAAAUCAAUCAAAAAUCCUGUUUCAACACAUGAUUUUUAUCAAAAACAUAUUAUUUGUUCUAACAAACAUACACCGAUAAAAAUACAAAAAUAGCCAAGCUUGAAAAAUUAUUGUAGGCCUACUUGAUAGUUGGUUGGUAACAGUACAAAGAAGAACUGAGAUGGCAAUUGGUCACACUGUCCUUAACCUUGCUAGGUCACUGUGCUUACCCGGUCAAACCAAAAACAAAGUUUUCGACUUACAUUCGAACCAUUCAACUAAGUUUUUUUACUCUUCUGCUAAAGGAUAUAUAAGAAAUAAAAUGGCCAAAUACACUAUCGUAAUGGUUCGACACGGUGAAAGCGAAUGGAACCAGAAGAACUUGUUUUGUGGCUGGUAUGAUGCCGACCUUAGCCCAAAAGGUAUUGAAGAAGCUGAAGCAGCAGGAAAAGCACUUAGUGACGGAAAGUUCAAAUUUGACGUUGCCCACACAUCAAUGCUGGGCAGAGCUCAAAAGACCUUGAAUACCAUUCUGACCGCGCUCGGCCAAACUGACAUUCCCAUUUCAAAAACGUGGAGACUGAAUGAAAGACAUUACGGAGGACUCACAGGUCUCAACAAAGCUGAAACUGCGGAAAAAUAUGGAGAAGAUCAGGUGAAAAUCUGGAGACGCAGCUUCGAUAUUCCACCUCCACCAAUGGAACCAGGCCAUGCUUAUUACAAGGCAAUUGUGGAGGACCCAAGGUACAAGGAUGGGCCAUCCAAAGCUGAAUUUCCAAUGUUUGAGUCUUUGAAAUUGACAAUCGAAAGAACUCUGCCCUACUGGAAUGAGACGAUCAUUCCUCAACUGAAAGAAGGAAAGAAGAUCAUAAUUGCUGCUCAUGGAAACAGUCUUCGUGGAAUCGUCAAACAUCUAGACAAUAUGUCUGAUGAAGCGAUUAUGGGUCUCAAUCUCCCGACUGGAAUUCCGUUUGUUUAUGAGCUUGAUGCUAGCUUCAAGCCAGUGGUUUCAAUGAAAUUCCUUGGUGACGAAGAGACCGUAAAGAAGGCCAUGGAAGCUGUGGCAGCUCAGGGAAAAGCAAAAUGAAAACGUUUUUACUCGAAAUCUAUCGACACUUUUAUAUCUUGAAUUUGUAUAUAAGAUCAUUUAAUGCCAAUUAUUUAUUUUCUAGCUCACAAUUUAUACAGAAAUAUGUAUUUUUCUAAAAAGAAUAAUUUGUUAGCAUUGUAAAUUUUUUAAAAGUGAUAUAAAGAGAACUUGCCAAGCAGGAACAA